AUGGCGCAAAUUGGGUUUGACUUGACCCGGGCCGAAGAAAUCACUCACUAUCAGUUUCGUGAUAGAGGGCUUCUUUAUGAGGCAUUGCAAAGCGCAACCAGAGACAGAGAUGAACUGACUGGCGAGAUCCAUGAGUCCGAUGGCAAUCGGCGUCUUGCAAAGUUAGGAUUUACCGUCCUGGAGCUGGCGGUGGUUGAUGAGUGGUUCAGACGAGGCAUGAGCCAUCGAGAGCUUGACUUGCUGCGAAAGAAAUUCCUGGCCAAGGACUACUUGUCCGAUGCCGCGCAGCAAAAAGCGCUACACACCUGCCUGUCGAUGUCUCAGCGUCAGGAAAACAUUGCUGCUCCCCCGACGACUAUGAAACUGGUCUUGACUGCCGUAGUGGGCGCAGUGUGGCUUGAUGCAGACAACGAGGGUCUCCAUAAUGUGAAGUGGGUCAUGCAAACUUUUGGAACUAAAGACGAGAUUAUAAACGGCCGCGAUGCGGGAAUCCAAGCUGUCCAAGAACUGAAGGAUUUCAUCCGAGAACUCCAAUACACGGCACGAAGCUUCGACGACACGUGCCGUGAAAUUUAUGAGAAUGGGCUAGAGGGAUUGGAUUCACCAUCUCGUGAAGCAGAAGGCUACCUAGAACCACAGAUGUUUCUAGAGGAUUCCUGUUCAGAACUUGCAGAUCAUAACAAUCAGGUUUCGCUUGCAACUUCGCCAGGCCCAUCCUUCGAAAGAGAAAGCGCUUUGAACUUGUGCUCCCAAUCACACGAAGAGUACGAUUCAGACAAUUUCAUGCCGUUGACCACCAUCAAUCCUCACCUGUUAUCAGGUAUACAUCCGAUUCGACCAAGAGCCAGCGCAUAUCAACCUAUAACUCCAUCUCGGCAUUCUGAAAAGCGCAUAUGCCUACCGGAUUCAGUCGGCGGACACGCCUUUCGCGGACAGGGAACGAAUAUGAAAUCAAAGGUGAAUUCGAAGCGUUCUAGUCAAUUGCAAAAGAAUCAGUCUCCAAAGGGGGGCACCAGGACCAUUGCGGGUUCAGGCCUUUGUGCAGAGCUUAACUCAGUAGUGAACAGCCUAAUAUGGGGUGUGGCUGGGAUCCCGUCAAUCAUUGAGCUCAAACAAGCACUGCAGGUUCUGAGAGAACGACUGGUGGCAUCGAACAUGAGCCUACCAUGCUCGACCAAAGAAAUAUGGAAACACCUUGAUAUUUUGGAAUCCAACACCCACACAAAUAAUGUCAUCCAUCGACUUUGUCUUGUGCGGUUGAACUCACGAAGAAAUGACUUGAAAAUGUUCUUUGGUAGUGGGGUCAACCACAAAAGGGCGGAGACAUCGGUGAUUGACAAGAUCGCCGAGGAUGCUGAGGAGGGAGACCGAGACAAGGUGAAGAAUCGACUCCAUGCGGGCGUGAUCUGGGACGCGAUAAAUAAGGAAUUUUCAAUUGGAAUCCUGGCGCUCAUCCCCUCUGGAAAGGCGAACUGGCCCAGCAACGCUGCGGUAGAGAAACUGAACAGGAAGGAUCUUGACGACUUUCUCAGACCCGCCAAGAAUAGCCGUCAUAGCUUCAUCAAGGAAGCAGCUCAAAAGGUGGCACAGAUAAUGCCAUUGUUUGAGGGGGCGCCUUGUGAGACUGUAUUGAAGCUUGAGAAGGCUGGUGUGGGAGAGCUGGAAUCUAUCCAGGACCAGGACGAACCUAGGGGUUUAGAAUUCCUGGAUUCAGUUUAG